AACUUGCUAGUGAGGUUCUUUUCUUCUGCCUAAACCGCACUGCACCUGCAAACCCCUAAGUUCAUCCAAAACCGCUGUCGACUUCGCUGCCGCCACUGAAAUGCCUCCGAAGUUCGAUCCUUCCCAGGUCGUGGACGUUUAUGUCCGAGUUACAGGCGGCGAGGUUGGUGCGGCGAGUUCACUGGCUCCGAAGAUCGGUCCGCUUGGUCUUUCUCCCAAGAAGAUCGGUGAAGACAUAGCCAAGGAGACCGCGAAAGACUGGAAGGGUCUCCGAGUCACAGUAAAGCUAACCGUUCAGAACCGUCAAGCCAAGGUGUCGGUGGUGCCGUCCGCCGCUGCUCUGGUUAUUAAGGCCCUGAAGGAGCCCGAAAGGGACCGUAAGAAAACAAAGAACAUCAAGCACAACGGCAACAUCUCACUCGACGACGUCAUCGAGAUUGCCAACAUCAUGCGGCCCAGGUCCAUGGCCAAGGAUUUGAGUGGAACCGUUAAGGAGAUUCUUGGAACCUGCGUUUCUGUUGGAUGUACUGUGGACGGCAAGGACCCUAAGGAUCUGCAGCAGGAGAUAACCGAUGGGGACGUUGAAAUCCCUCUCGAUUGAUCAAAUUCCAGGAUAAAAGAGGAAAAAGAGAGGCCAUGCUGCUGAAUGAUAGGAUGUAACAUUUUAGCAUCAAAAGCUUAAUCUUAAUCUCUGGUGUUGGUUCCGGCUCUCACUGGGACCAGCCAUGUCUCCACAUUCAGAAAGCGACCAACAGGGUUCUGGGUCAAAUUCUUUACGAACUAGGUUGUUUUUGGUUACCAGUUGUCCAUAUCAUUUUUCUCAUUGCCGUCCUAGAGGCUAGAACGGAAUGUGCGGUAUUCGCCAAAUUUGGCCUUGCAUCAGGAUUCCCCAUUUUUUCUUUCUAUUUUUCGUAGUAAAAAACAAAAAUGUGAUCGGUACUAUAGUCA